GCUGCCUCCUCUCCAUCAACUUAUCUUCUUCAAGAUACACUUAAUAGAUUAUUUGCUCAAUUGUUUGCAAUUGCCUAUGAACAGGCCGAACGACAUAUCCUCAAUGAACAACGAGAGGCUGCUGCAGGAAGAGAACCAACAGAAGCUCCACCAGCCUAUGAGUCCAGAGAAGGGACGAAUAUGUGGAUUGACACAGCCUAUUAUCCAGACCGAUGUCUUAGAAUCACCCCAGAGAAUAAUUAUGAUGGAUGCCCCGAUGACACUAUCAAGAACAUUCCCAGAACCUGGCCCCCUUGCCUAUACCAAUACAUUGAUGGAAUGCAGUACCUCUUCAUCCGAGAUCUAUACAAUGGAGAGACAGUGGCAGUGUUUGGGAGAGACAGAGCCAGAGAUAUUAUCCGACGAGACCCAUGGGCAUGGGAAAUUGCAGGGAUUGAAGCAAACUUUGAGUAUGAACAAUGGGAGACUCAGGCAAGAAGAAUACCAGAACCUGAGUGGAUCUAUUACCUACCCUUCCUUAACCAAUGGGAAUAUCAACAU